AUGCUGCUGGAAAAGCCUUCCCUGGUUGAUUGCCCUCUGCCUCCUCCUCUUUUAUCGCCCUCAGGGCAAUCGCAGGGUCCACCGACGCCACCCACCACCCCCAAAACCGACGUGCAGCCGGGCAAGGCUGACCUGAAGCGAGAGGGGCGCCCGCUGCCAGAGGGGGGCAGACAGCCCCCCAUCGACUUCCGCGACGUGGACAUCGGCGAGCUGAGCAGCGACGUCAUCUCCAACAUCGAGACCUUCGACGUGAACGAGUUCGACCAGUACCUGCCGCCCAAUGGCCACCCGGGGGUGCCGGCCACGCACGGCCAGGUCACCUACACGGGCAGCUACGGCAUCAGCAGCACGGCCGCCACCCCGGCGGGCGCUGGCCACGUGUGGAUGUCCAAGCAGCAGGCGCCGCCGCCGCCCCCGCAGGCGCCCCCGCCAGCCCCGCCGGCGCCCCCGCAGCCGCCCGCGCAGGCGCCCCCGCAGCCGCCCGCGCAGGCGCCCCCGCAGCCGCCCGCGCAGGCGCACACGCUGACCACGCUGAGCAGCGAGCCGGGCCAGGCCCAGCGAACGCACAUCAAGACGGAGCAGCUGAGUCCCAGCCACUACAGCGAGCAGCAACAACAUUCGCCUCAGCAGAUCGCCUACAGCCCCUUCAGCCUCCCGCACUACAGCCCGUCCUACCCGCCCAUCACGCGCUCGCAGUACGACUACACUGACCACCAGAACUCCGGCUCCUACUACAGCCACGCGGCGGGCCAGGGCUCCGGCCUCUACUCCACCUUCACCUACAUGAGCCCGGCUCAGCGGCCCAUGUACACCCCCAUCGCCGACACCUCCGGGGUCCCUUCCAUCCCGCAGACCCACAGCCCCCAGCACUGGGAACAGCCCGUCUACACACAGCUCACCAGACCUUGAGGAACGCUUAGAGAGCGACCAUGGCCGUGAUGAUCAUAAAAAGAACCCAAGAAAUAACACGCGACCAACAAGAAUUCUCUUUGGACAUUUUUUUUUUUUUCUUAUUUUUAAAGACAUGCACGCUGAAGGCAACUCGAACUCAGAUUACAAGACAGAAACAUUGACUAUCCAAACGCGUUACCACCUUGUUGCGAAUCAGUGGCCAGGCCACUCUUGGCUAGAGGGACCAGCAGAACCGACGGGAAACUGGACUGGAAACGUUCAAAGCAAGCGUGGAGGGUGAUGGAGAUUCGUGUGACCAGUUUGCUCAGUCUCUCUGCCUGUUUGGACUUUGUAAUUAUUUUUUAGCAGUAAUUAAAGAAAAAAGUCCUCUGUGAGGAAUAUUCUCUAUUUUAAAUAUUUUUAGUAUGUACUGUGUAUGAUUCAUUACCAUUUUGAGGGGAUUUAUACAUAUUUUUAGAUAAAAAAAUUAAAUGCUCUUAUUUUUCCAACAGCUAAACUACUUAGUCGAACAGUGUGCCCUAGCUUUUCUUGCAACCAGAGUAUUUUUGUACAGAUUUGCUUUCUCUUACAGACAAACAGACAAAAAAAAAAAAAGCGUGUGUGUUGUAUUAACCUACAGAAGCCACAGAUUUGUGUUACAUGAUCAGUUUGGGGGGUUAGCUUUGCUUAAUUCCUCAGGCUUUCUGAUUCAAGGAGGAGUUGCCUUAGAAAAAUCAAGGCCUUAUUUUGCAGAUACGGAAGUAAACAAUAGUCUAGAGACGAUUUGGUAAGCCUUAUCGUAUAUAUGUCUUUUAAACAAGAAAAAAACACCUUAAAGCCUUAAAACCAUGCUGCUGGAAAAGCCUUGUGCCCUCUUUUAGUGCAUUUCCUCCUGUGUUUGCUCGCUUACCGCAACCUUAAGAAAGAAGCAAAAGGCAAGCAAAGGAGACGAAAUCUGUUUGGGGAAUGUUUCAGCAGCCAAUACUGUGCCCCAGCACGCUGCCCCCUGGUUGCCUGCCCGGGCCCCAUGUGGAACACAGAUGCUAGAAUCCUCUCACUUACACUGUCACCUGUGCCUCUCUGAAAACCAGCAGUUAACUUCAAGACAUUCCAUGUGCUAAAAUUAUUUAUUUUGUAAGGAGAGGUUUUAAUUAAAAACAAAAAAAGCUUCCUUUUUUUUUUUUUAUUUUUUAAAUUUACCUUCUUUAAAAUAGGUUGUUGGAGCCGUCCUCAAAGGGUAUGGUCAUCUGUUGUUAAAUUAUGUCCUUAACUGUAACCAGUUUUUUUUAUUUAUCUCUUUAAUCUUUUUUUUUUUAUUAAAAGCAAGUUUCUUUGGAUUCCUUGUCCUAGAUUUGUAUAAAUGCCUUUUUGUCUGUCCUUUUAUUUUUCCUCUUUGUUGUUUUGUUGAAAACAAACUGGAAACUUGUUUCUCUUUUUGUACAAAUGAGAGUUUGCAGAUGUAGUGUAUCACUGAGUCAUUUGCAGUGUUUUCUGCCACAGAUCUUUGGGCUGCCUAAACUGUGUGUGUGUGUGUGUGUGUGUGUGUGUGUGUGUGUGUGUGUGUGUUGUGACUCAAAACAAUGCAAGCGUGUGUCAUCGAUGUUCCCCUGCGUGUUCUCUUGGAGAGGGGGAGGAACGGGGAGGGGGGUCAGCCCACUGACAAACCUUAAUUCUUAAUUCUGUGGCUGGAGAGUGAGGAUUGCUUUUUAAAAAAGACAGCAAACUUUUUUUUUUAUUUAAAAAAAGAUAUAUUAACAGUUUUAGAAGUCAGUAGAGUUAAAAUCUUAAAGCACUCUUAUAAUAUGGCAUCUUUCCAUUUCUGUAUAAAAGCAGAUCUUUUUUUAAAAAAAUAUUUCUGUAACUUAAGAAACCUGGCAUUUAAAUCAUAUUUUGUCUUUAGGUAAGGUUUGGUUUGUGUUUGUGUUUUGUUUGUUUUGCUUGUUUUCCCCCCCAAACCUUUUGUUUUCUCUGUGAAACUUACCUUUCCUUUUUCUCUUCCUUUCUUUUUUUUUGUAUAUUAUUGUUUACAAUAAAUAUACAUUG